GGAGGGGUUCUACUUUAGUUUUCUUCAAUUUUUGAUGGCAGUGUUUCUUUACUUUGAUUUAUUUGAAGAUUUUGAGGUUGCUGAAUUGACAAAAGAUUUGAGGAAGAGAAAAGAGAGAUUGCGUGCUUGCGAGAAAGACAUAUUUGCGCUGAAGGAAUUGGACGUCUGAAGAUAUUCGAAUAUUCCGCCAGAAGCGACAGCAGAUCGCAAAUAUGGCGACAGUAGUAAAAGCCACCGAGCACGUCCUCGUGGAAACAGCAACAGCUGUCCUAUCUUCCGUUGGCGCUGCCGCCACCGCCGAAUUCAAGUCUCUUGAAAGUGGGAUCGCACAAGAAGCCGUAUCAGCAACAGACGAUGACGUGUCGAAUAUAAUUGACAAAGUGCAAGGCGCUGUAGAAACCGUGGUAGAAGAGGUCUCGAAUGGCGCGGAACAUGUCGUGGAAGCUGUCAAGCAGCAUCCGGAAUUGAUUGCUGAGUAAGUCUGCUAGCGCGGUCUACCGAUUCAGGAAUUUUGCUGAUCGGCGUAGGGGAGCACUCGCGGUAGCAAUUGGCGUUGCAUCACUUGUUCAGCCUGAACUUAUCGCUGGAGAAGUUGCGAUUCUGGGCAAGAUGGCUGCGGAUAGUGCGAAGAAGACAGUCACGCAAAUUGCAUCAGAUGAAGGGGAGAAGAUCGUCAAAGCAAUUUCAAAAGAUCUGGCUGAUGAUGCAAAGGCAGAAGCCGAGAAGGAUAAGUUGCAGGCUGAGGAGAAAAAGAAGGCUGAGGAUGGGGAGGGUGCAAAAGUGGCGGCACCUGAGGGAGCGGAAGUGAAGCUUGUGACAGAAGGGGAAAAGACUAUUGCUAUUGAAGUCCAGAAACCUGCUGCAAAGACUGAGGGGGGAGCUAAGGUCGAAGAAGAGGCUGCCCCUGUAGAGUUGAAGAUCACGAUUGGGUCGGACGGGGAGAUCAAAGCUGUUUCGAAGUCAGUGGUUGAGGGGGCAAAGCCUGUGGAAAAGCCAGCUGAGGAGAAGACUGUUGCUCCGGAAGCUACGGAAAAGAUCGAGACACCGGCGGCAGUGAAGACAGAAGCUCCUGCUCCAGGCACUUCAGAACCCGCCGCCCCUGUUGUUGCAGAAAAAACUCUGGAUUCCGCAAAAGAAAUUCCAGCCCAAGCAGAGCCAGUGAAAUCGAUACCCACGAUGACAUCCACGGUUGUUGAAGCCACGCCAGCAAAAUCUGAGAGUGUGACUCCUCAGCCAGAACAGACCCAAGUUUCUGCUCCAGUGGUCAAGGAAGUACCUAUCCCAAUUACCCAGGAAGAGUCAGCCAAAGAGAAAGCCAAGGCUACAGAGCCUCCAGUAUCGAAGUCUGUGGUCGACACUGAGACGAAGACUGAGCCUGAAACACCGGCGAAAGUAGCUGACAACCAAACAUCAAAUGAACGGGGACCAGUGCAAACGAGUGCGCUCGAGGCAACGGAGGUUGCAGAGCCAGAGAUUCUGUCUGUACUUGGAAUUGUUCACAGCGACGCCGCCAAGGACCAGACCAUGAUCCAGGUACCAGCGAUCCAGGAGGUCUCGACCUCAGAACCCGAUACGACAGAAGACUUCGUCCAGCAGCUUUUGCAGCGAUCGAAUUCGGUAGAGCCAGUUGUUCCAGUUGAGAAGGUUGAGGAGAGGGGAAUCUCGUCACCGGUGUCAGCAAGUGUUGAGUCUGUCCCCGAAGUCAACCAGGAGCCAGCAGUGAUUCCAAUCAUCACUGAGCAGUCGAAGAAGGAAGAGCCUGUCGAAGUCCCAGUGCAAUCCGAAGAAUCUGCCACUGGCACCGAGCAAAAGCCCACCAAUCCAACUGAGCCAGUUCAGCCAGAUGCACCAGAGGCCAAGUUUACAUCUCCAGAAUCAAACCACAGCUCCGUAGAAGUUGAACAGAAGCCCAUCCCAACCGCCCUCUCCCAAGCCAAAGACCUCGCAGUCUCCGCUCUCACAUCCAGUGCAGUCGAAUUUGGCCCAAAUGUUGUGACAGCUGCAGCCUCUGUUACCAAUAUCACCACAACCACGACAAAGACCGUCGAGGUACCAUCUGGUCCAAGUGUGAAGAUGGUAACUGUCAGCCAAGAGAGUUUGGAUGCCCUGCAUGCUAAACUCGACGCCAUGCACGAAGCCAUCCAACACAUCACCAAGAAACUAGCUACCCACCUCUCUGCACCUCAAGCUCCGGCACCAGUCGUUGUCAAGGAGGUCGCAGUUGAACCCACACCGACUCCCACCACUCAAGCAGUUCCAGAGCCAACUGUCCCAUCAACCUCAGAAUCAGCACCACAGGAACCAGAAACUACUGCUCCAGUCGAAGCAACCAACACAACCUCGGAUGAAAUCACAGCCGUACCGACCACCUCCACCAACCCUCCCGAGACUCAACCCACCACCCCCAAACGACCAACGCACAACAAGCGAGGCAGCGUAAUCGGCUCAAUCGGUAAAUUCCUCUGGCCAUUCGGCGGUUCUACGCCUCCUCCAAAAGAGGCAACUGUGAAAGCUAGCACGGCGGAGGUUACUGGUGAAGUUGAGGCUGAAUCGCAAGUGUCGAAACCGAAGAGCAGCGGGAAGGAUUCUGCGCCUGGGCCGGAGUUGACGAAGGCGAGUAGUACAGUGGAGGUUACAGAGGUGUUGGCUACGCCUGUCGCUGUUUGAUUGAGGGAAGAGUUUGGCUGUAAGAUAAUUUGAGGAGAGGGGAGGAAGGGUGGAUGGUGAGAAGAGAGCUGAGAAGGACGAGGUGGUUUGAUGCAUAUUCUGAGCGAGGAGUUUUUUUGUCCUGAUUCUAAGAUACCAGUUCUUUGCAUGCAUGAGUUCUUGGAGGAGCAUUUUAGAGAUGUUAUCACCCGCGUUUAGUAAUUGGAGAGUGGGGUAGUUGUGGAG